AUGCGGUCGUUCAUCCUCCCUCUUUCUCUCCUGCCCGGCGCUCUCGCCGCUACGGUCUACCUGGCCGGAGACUCUACCAUGGCGUCGACCAAUGGUGGCACCACUGAUGGCUGGGGCGACUACAUCACCGACUACAUUUCCGGCACGGUGACCAACAAAGCCAUCGGCGGACGCAGCGCACGCUCAUACACCCGCGAAGGCCGAUUCGACGAGAUCGCCUCCGUGGUCCAAUCCGGCGACUACGUGGUGAUCGAAUUCGGACACAACGACGGCGGCUCUCUGUCGAACGACAACGGACGAACAGACUGCCCCGGCUCAGGCACAGAGACAUGCGAGACGACAUACGACGGCCAGCAAGAGACCGUGCUCACGUUCCCGGCGUACAUUCAGAACGCUGCGAAGACGUACACCGACAUCGGCGCUAAGGUGCUCAUCUCGAGCCAAACGCCCAACAAUGUCUGGGAGACGGGAGAGUAUGCCUACUCGCCGUCGCGGUUCGUCGGGUACGCGGAGCUGGCGGCGGAGAACGCGGGCGUGGACUACGUGGACCAUGGAGCCUACGUGGCGGCUCGGUAUGAGAGUCUGGGAUUGGACACCGUGAAUGGGUUCUAUCCCAGUGAUCAUACGCACACGAGCCCUGAAGGAGCGGCCGUGGUAGCGGAGGCGUUUUUGAAGGCAGUGGUGUGCAGUGACGUUGCACUGAAAGAUGUCUUGUCGUCGGAGGACUUCGAGGGCGAGUGUUUGUAG